CGUCACUAACAGGCGCGUGCACGCACUGGGGCUUCAUGUGGGUGCGGGAGCAACUUUAGGAAACAAAGUGUCCAUCGCUUCGAAAAGUGCCACACACUUGUCCUUGUUCUCACUCGGUUUGACAUUCUCUGGAGAGAGAUCCAAAAAAGAGAUCAGCAAACGUUCAGAAAACUCAGUCGGUCCUUGUUCAGCUCUCAGUAUGUCCGAGGGGGACUAUGAUUACCUCAUCAAGUUCCUCGCGCUGGGGGACUCUGGGGUGGGAAAGACCAGCUUCCUGUACCAGUACACGGAUGGCAAAUUCAACUCCAAAUUCAUCACCACAGUUGGAAUAGACUUCAGAGAAAAACGAGUGGUGUACAAAUCCAACGGUCCUGAUGGGACAGUCGGGAGAGGACAGAGGAUUCACAUUCAGCUGUGGGACACGGCCGGACAGGAGAGAUUUCGGAGUUUGACCACAGCGUUCUUCAGGGAUGCCAUGGGCUUCCUGUUACUCUUUGACCUCACGAAUGAGCAGAGCUUCCUUGAUGUGCGGAACUGGAUGAGUCAGCUGCAGACGCACGCGUACUGUGAGAAUCCCGACAUCGUCUUGUGUGGAAACAAGUCAGACCUUGAGGACCAGCGCGCGGUGGAAGCGGUGAAUGCACGGGAACUGGCGGAGAAAUACGGAGUCCCGUACUUCGAGACGAGCGCUGCGAACGGUGAGAACGUGAGUCGUGCCGUGGAGGUCCUGCUGGAUCUGAUCAUGAAGCGCAUGGAGAGAUGUGUGGACAAAUCCUGGAUCCCCGAUGGGAUGGUUCGCACCAACGGCCACAGCACCAGCGAUCUGGCAGAGCCACGUGACGCCGAGCAGAGCAAGUGCGGCUGCUAAUGCCAAUGGAUGGGCUGAAGCCACCUAGAUUCAAGUCUUCAUGUUUUGAGAGCACUUUACACCCAAUCCUGCAUUCAGAAGCCUUAAUGCGUCAGAUGUUUCAAGGGCUUGAUUUCUCUCACUGUUUCACUAUUAGUGCACAUCUAUUAUUAAAACUAGACCCAUGCAUGC